UCAUUGUAUACAGCAGAUUCUAGAAAGUGUUAAUCAUUGUCACCUAAAUGGCAUAGUGCACAGAGACCUCAAGUCAUUGCAUUCAGCAGAUCCUGGAGGCUGUGCUACACUGCCAUCAGAUGGGCGUAGUCCAUCGGGACUUGAAGCCUGAGAACUUGCUUCUAGCAAGCAAGUCAAAAGGAGCAGCUGUAAAACUGGCAGAUUUUGGAUUAGCAAUUGAAGUUCAAGGUGAACAACAGGCCUGGUUUGGCUUCGCUGGUACCCCAGGAUACCUUUCCCCUGAGGUGCUACGAAAAGAUCCCUAUGGGAAGCCAGUAGACAUGUGGGCAUGUGGUGUUAUUCUCUAUAUUCUCUUGGUGGGAUACCCUCCUUUUUGGGAUGAAGAUCAACAUAGACUCUAUCAGCAGAUCAAAGCUGGUGCUUAUGAUUUUCCUUCCCCAGAAUGGGAUACGGUGACCCCAGAAGCAAAAGAUCUUAUCAACAAAAUGCUUACAAUCAAUCCUGCCAAACGUAUCAAUGCAUCAGAGGCCCUCAAACACCCCUGGAUCUGUCAACGUUCUACUGUUGCUUCUAUGAUGCACAGGCAGGAGACUGUAGAUUGUUUGAAGAAGUUCAAUGCAAGAAGGAAACUUAAGGGAGCCAUUUUAACAACAAUGUUGGCUACAAGAAAUUUCUCAGCAGCCAAGAGUUUACUGAAGAAACCUGAUGGAGUAAAGGAAUCAACAGAGAGUUCCAACACAACCAUUGAAGAUGAAGAUGUAAAAGCUCGUAAACAAGAGAUCAUCAAGGUUACUGAGCAGCUGAUAGAAGCUAUCAAUAAUGGGGAUUUUGAAGCCUACACGAAAAUCUGUGAUCCUGGACUUACCUCAUUUGAGCCUGAAGCUUUGGGAAAUCUUGUAGAGGGGAUGGACUUCCACCGGUUUUACUUUGAAAAUGUUUUGUCGAAGAGCAACAAGCCAGUCCACACCAUUAUCCUGAAUCCUCAUGUCCACCUGGUAGGGGAUGACGCUGCCUGCAUUGCAUAUAUCCGACUAACUCAGUAUAUGGAUGGAAGCGGAAUGCCAAAAACGAUGCAGUCAGAAGAGACCCGGGUUUGGCACCGCCGUGAUGGGAAAUGGCAGAAUGUUCAUUUUCACCGUUCAGGAUCACCAACAGUACCUAUCAACUAAAUGUCAGCGCUGCCCAAGUUGUGUUCUCCGCACUCCACACUUGGUUGGCUCCCCCUGGGCCAUCCCUUUGCCCUCUUCAUGCAUGUUCUCUGAGUGCAUGAAGCUGUGAAGUUUCUUCAAGUGAUGUUUAGAAUCGCAUCAUUUUGUUGUAUAUUCCAUUGGUAGCUUUUUUUUACACUUCAUUGAAGGAGAUGUUCCAUGGCAAUUGGAAAUAGAGGUACAGGAGAAAGUGUAAAGAGAAAAAUUGAAAUGCGAGAAUAUAUUCAGGCUAUACAUCUCAAGAGAUCUGCAUGUGCACCCUAUAAAAACAAAGGUUAAAAAGAAUUAACUUUGUUUUAAUUUUUAUUAUUUUCUGAGUCAUUUGUUUUUAAAGGUUGUUGCUUAAUCCUUUUGUCAUAGAAGGAUUAAUGAAAUUCCUACUAACAGCAUAUUUAAUGUAAGAUAUAUGGUAGACAUAGUGACUUAGACCAAAGCAUUUCUAUAGGUUUGAGGUCUUGGAAAGUUGCCUUUGCUGUGAUUCACUAUGUAUAAACUGGAAAAAGGCAAAAUUUGGAAAUUUGACUUCAACAAGAAUGAUCUGUCACUGUGGUCAUUUGGUCAGCAAAUGUAACAACAAAUUGAUUUCUUUCUUUUCUAGUUGCUUAUUUAGUGUCAUUUUCAGGAAAAAAAAAAAAAAAGAAUUAGCAUUUUUAGCUUUCGGAAACCAAGCAGUGAACAGAUUCAAUAUAGCUUCUGCUGAUACAGUUUAUGGGUAAAAUAAAACUUUUUUUUAAUCGUUUUUUGGAUGUACAGUACAUUUAUUAAAGCGAGAUGUUGAGGAUUUUUUAACUGAUAUUCUAAUAAGAUGUGUAGCAAUCUAGAACAAUUAGGUCUUAAAAGCUUAGUAUCAAGAGAUGUCUAAAUUUUCUUUGUAUCAAUUUAUUACCAGGAAACACCUGUUUUCUAAUAAUGUUGUCAAAUUUAACAGUAAUAAUUUUAUCAUUUUUUCAUGGCCUAUUGACAGCCUUGAAAGUAUGAAAUAAAACAAUAAUUGUAGCUUUAUUAAUUUCUCCCUUUUCCCAGAUGUCAAAUGUCCCUCAAAUGUCUAUUGCUGCAUAUAUACUGGCAAAACAAGCAGCCAAAAAGCUUCUCUGUCAGUUUAAAACACAUUACUUGGAUAAUGUUUGUUUGCUUUUCUUGUAUAAAUAUGAAAUUAUAUUUCCAAAAGCAUUGCUCCUUCUAUUUCAAUUUUUUAAAAUUGUAUUGGUACUUUUCUUUGUUGUUAAAGUCUUUUUCUUUCCUUAAGUAGGGCAAUCGAUUUUCUGUAACUCUGUAUAGCGCAUGACAUUUUGAUUAAUGUUCUUUUUGGUAAGUAAAAAUUUACAACUUGUAACAGCUUGAAAAUUUUUAAAGCAGAGGAAAAAAAACUCCCAAUUUGUAUAACUUUCAUCUCUCUAUACUGAUUAUUAAUCAAAAGUGGAUCUUAUUCUUUAUACCUUGAUGUUGUAAACAUUAUAUUAGAGAAAUUUAAGCUUCUCUGGUGAUAGUUAUUACAUACUUUCAACCCACAGAAGAAUUUAGAACAAUCAUCAAUAAAUGUCUCAAGCCAUAUUAAUCUGCUAGUGGGAUCUGUGAAAAGAUAAUGGCCUCAUGCAUAAUUUUUUACAAAUAAAUUUCUUCUUUUGUGAAGCAGCUUUAGGUGGCAUUAGUGUAUUUUUAUUUUAUGAAAUAUGGCAUAGAAUUUUUAUACUCUUUUACCAUAGCAUGCUGUGAUGCCAUAUUAUUCUAGAUCGUCUGUCUUCCACACUGAGAUGUGAGAAAUACAGUGUGAGUUAGUUCUCUGUACUCCACCUAAAUUAUGCAUCUAAUUCUUUGCCAUUUUAAUACACUGCAGUUUACUAUGAGACCCAGUGUGUAGGUAUUUGUGUCUGUAUACAUAUAUAUGUCUCUCUAUGUACACAUAUAUAUGUGUAUAUACAUAUAUAUGUACAUAUAUAUAUGUGUCUGUGUGUGUGUAUCUAUAUAUUGAUAUAUAGAUAUAUAUUGAUAUAUAGAUAUAAAUAAAGAUAUAUAUCUCCUGCCACAAUGGUAAAGAACUGACAUAUAUAUUUAAGAAUUAAUAAAUUUGUGAUUUAUGCUGA